UAAUGACGCGGGGAACGUGAAGGGAGGAGCGCUGAAAUGUUGGGGGCGUCCACGAGUGGGCGCGGCCUGAGUCGUCUCAGCACGUCGUGUCCUUCGCUCAACGUGGACGGGGAGGAGAUCGACGACGACGACUCUCCCACAUGUAAGUCCCCCAUUGGCGGCGGCCCCGUCCUCCCGGGGCCGUGCGCCGCCGGCAGCAGCGGCCACCACCACGCCCUCGCCCACCACCUGGCCAGGCGGGGCUCUGGCCGACUCUCCUCGCGUUCCGACGACGGGGAGACCACCAGCCCUAAUACCCCCAACACCCCCAACACCCCCAUCACCUCCAGCUCCCUGGACGAGCAUCACCUGUGUCCCGACACCCCCAAGAUCAGGGUCAACGACUCAACCCCAACAGGUUCCGAGGAGUUCCUGGACGCGCGGAAGAGUCGUGUAGGGAGCACCAGCGACUGCCACCGCCGCCGCUCCUGGUCCGGCCUGUCCGACGAGGAGAAGAAGCGAGCCAACAGACACAGAAGCAUCAGUCUGAGCAGCCUGGACUCAGACGCGGAAGAGGCCUUCUACGAUGCCGAGGACAGCACCAACACCCAGGGAUCGGACAGCGUGGAUGGCGGGUGUCGCAGAAACGUGGAGAAGCAGAGGUCAAUGUCGGGGUCAUCCUCGCCUGUGACCUAUGGCGGCGGCGGCUCCUCCACCCACUCCCUCAACGACGUCCACUUGCAGGAGAAGAGGAGCUCCGGACCCAUCGAAAAGCCGAGGCUGUUGGCGCCGCGACUCACUCUGCAGAAGUCUGUGUCCACGCCCUCCAUCUUGGCGGGAGUGCAAGCCCAGCCCGCCCAGCAGCCGCCUCAAUCCAAUUACCAGUUAGAAGACACAAAGAGAAGAAAAAGAGGCUCCCUUUUCUUUAGGAAAAAGAAGGACAAACUCAAGAAGAGUUCACACCACUUUGUAACAGUGUGCUACAGUAACUCAGCAACGUGUGACGUGUGCAGCAAGCCAAUGACCAACAAGCCUGCCCUGCGAUGUGAGAACUGCCAGGUGUGUGUACACGAGAACUCCUGCAAGGACCAAAUCUCUGACUGCUCCAAACUCAAGAACCCCAAGCAUAUCCAGCUGGCAGCAGGACUCACAACGCUGGUGAUUCAAAAGCCUGGGGCCGCCACAACACUUGGCACCGCAACCAAAAGCUCCAGUCUGGGUUCCUAUGCAGGCUCAGGAACUGGUGCCCCUCCGGGCACCUCCACCAAGGCACAAGCACCUGUAGUUGCCAGAUCUCGCUCUUCGGCCGCCCAUUCCUCUCCCACACGCCCCACUAGUGUCGCAUCACCAAGUGGCUGCGUGUCCUGGCCCCCGCGGCCCGCUAACCCCCCGGCCCGCCCCAACAGUGGCUGUGUGUCCAGCCCCGUCCGUAGACUGUCCGGCUUCUCGCAGUGGAAGCGAGUGGCUACCAAGUUGGGAGUCAACAAGGUGCAGAGCGAAGAGAAGGAGGCAGAACUACUCCCCCAUGAAGCGUCUGAUGCAAACAUUCUGGAGGUCAAUUCUGCAUCUAUGGAAUCACUGGAUGAAGGAGGUAAUGAAGAGCCAAGCAUAGAUGACAUUGAUGCCGACCCUGAGCUGAGGCUGCUGGACAAGGAGCCAGAGCUGUGGGUGUACACAGUGGAAAAAGAAGUUGUGGAGCAGCUUAAAGAAAAGCAAGUGAAAAAACAGGAACACAUUUAUGAAUUAAUUAUCACAGAGAAACAUCACUGCCGUAUGCUGAAAGUUAUGCAGAAGGUGUUUGCCGAAGGCAUGGCUCGUGAACUAAACAUGCAAGAGUCUAGAAUUAAAAGAAUUUUUCCAUGUCUAGAUGAACUUAUAACAUUACAUUGUUCAUUUCUUUGGAGACUGAGACAAAGACAAAGAGGUACUAAGUACAUUGAAACCAUUGGUGACCUCUUAGUUGAUCAGUUCACGGGUGACAAUGCCAGAGGCCUUAAAGACGCGUAUGGCCAGUUCUGCUCCCAGCACCAGGAUGCUGUAUCUUUCUACAAGGAUAUGCUAAAAAAUGAUCGCAGAUUUCAAGCUUUUGUAAGACAAAAAUCUACCCAUCCUCUCAUGAAGAAGAAAGGCAUCCCAGAGUGUAUAUUAUUUGUGACACACAGAGUCACCAAAUAUCCUCUGAUGCUUGAAGCACUUAUGAAGUACAGUAAAGAUCAAGAGGAGGAGCUUACUGCACUUAAGAAAGCCUUAGAUUUAGUCAAAGAAAUCCUUGUGAACAUUAAUGCUCAAGUUGCAGAAAAGGAAAGAGAGCAGAGAUUAUUAGAAAUAUAUCAUAAAAUAGAUGCCAAGUCUUCUGCUAUAUAUAAGGAUCAAAAGUUCAAGAAAUCAGACUUUUUCUCAAGAAGCAGAAAGCUCAAGUUUGAGGGCUCAGCAAUGUUGAGCCAACAGAAAGGAAAACCCAUUCAAGUACAAGUUGUGGUUCUCUCAGACUUGGUUUUCUUUCUACUAGAAAACAAUGCGAAAUAUUAUUUCUUCUCUCCAGACACAAAGCAAGCUGGUGUAAUACCUUUGGGAAAACUCAUUGUACGAGAAAAAGCUGGUGAAGGGUCAAGAGUUAUCUACCUCAUUUACUCAAAAAAUUCAGCAGAAAUGUUUGAGUUUGAAUGUUCACAUCCAAAGGACAAGAAAAUAUGGAUUGAAUCUAUAAGAGAAGCAAUUGAAAGCCGACCAGAUGAGGAUGAGCUUGGUGACCAUGCAGGUGAAUGCCCUAAGCUGCAAGAAGCACACACAGAGAAGAUCAAAGAUCUUACAGGCUUUCUACAACACAAGGACAGAGAGUUGGCAAGACUAUGUGAAGAAAGGAUGAGCAUAGCACUUGAGCUUUUGGAGCUGCUUGGGCAUGAUGAAAUACAUCCAACUCCCCAGUAUCGCUCAUUGCUGGAUGAAAAUAACAUAGAUUACAACACUGCAAGAGAUCUACAACUUACAUCAAUUACUGAAGCUUUGAAGUUGGUUAGUGGUGCUUGUGGAUGGGGUACCAACCUUGCUCGCUCAGUUAGUUCAGUUGGAGAACACCAGAGCGAGGCCUACGUAUCACCAAGCCUACCAAAACGAGCUGAAACCUUUGGAGGCUUUGAUAAUUCCAGUAAAGAUGCUGCAGGUCAUGCUGGAAAACAAUCUGGUGGCAAAAAGAAAAAAGAUAGCCGUAUGUCACUAACUUCAACUGGAACUACAGACAGUGAUAUUAUUGAGAGUCUCAAGAACCGGCGACCCUCUGGUAGUACGUUGGCUGUUCGCAGUUCUCAGGACAAUUUAAGUAUUAGUUCUUCACUAUCAGGGGAGGCUGUAGCUCAGCCACAACAGGAUGUGGCAGCUAAGCUUAUACACUGGCUCCAUACUUCUCUGGUACUGAGUCAGCAUCACUUAACUCAAUAUGAUAUAUUAAGGUCUAAGGUAGUCCUUGGAGGUGCUUCAGUUGAUAGUCGUUUUCGACAUUCUCAAAAACUUGAAGAACUUCGAAAUAUUCAAGAACAAAUUAGUUUAGAGCGAGCACAGUGGACCAAAGAAAAAGAUGCCCAAGAAAAAUGGAUUGUUGAGAAGAAGAUUGAAAUUCAGAAGAAGCAAGAACAACUGCGUAGCGAGGAACAAGAUAUCCAGCAACAACGAGAAACACUUUAUAGAAAAUUGGAAGCCUUGAAGGCCCAAGGCAUUAUCCUCAGCCCCACCCUUACUGUGUUUACUACUACUCCUCCUUCACAAUUGGUCCAUGAUGAACAACAAGGAGGAAAUUUGAGUGGGGUUGGGAGUGAUAGUGGGCCAACUCAGGGAUCCCCACACAGUUCACCCACCAGCACUGCAGCUCCAACGCGCCCUCGCACAGAUCACAAACACCGCAAUUCCUCAGCUUCUCUCUCAAGCCUAAUCAAGCGAGAUUCCAACCAGUCUCUGCCUACACAUCUCAUAUCAGCUGCUAAUCAGCAGAAAACCCAUAUAGCAUCAGUCAAACAACAAUUGCCCAUGAAACUUGCCAAGCUAGGAAGUAGCAGCAGCUCAGGAUCAUCAUCGUCUAGUAGUGCAGGAGGAGCAUCUUCUCCAAGCCAAGACCGCCAGGAUCACCAUCGAACCCACGCAGGGUCAGUGGCCAGUGGUGGUGUGCAGCAGAUGCUGCCCCUGAAGCUCAGUCAGGGACCUGGAGAGAACAAGGGUUCUCGGAUAACAGUAGGGUAUCAACGACUAGCAUCCCCUCCACCCUCUCUGCAAGAACCAACUAUUGGCCAUUCCCAUCAACGCACAGGCUCAUCACCUGCUACACUACAAAAUGGGUCUCCAGCCACUAGUCCUGGGGCAUUCCCCUCCACUGCCACUACCACCGCCCAGGGUGCUCGUGCCACCCGCACUAACACUUAUCCUAAGCUUCCCAGUAAACCUUCCACACCUGUCACACAGGUUGACACCACCCCAAAGGAAAUGCAGGAGGGAUCUGGUGUGGGUUCCAGUGCACGCCCUGGUCAGCGUAUUAAGGACCCUGACACUAAUCAGGACAUUAUAUUCUGCUAAGAGCUUCUAUUGAAUUAGCUUUUUUUUUUUUUUAGAUUUUUAGUGUCAGAAGUUUGUCAAUUUGCUGGAACACUUCUUUAAGCAGGAUUGGCAUACUUCUGUCAGUCGUAAAUAGUGUCUGUCAUUGUGAUAAAGGCAUUCCUUCCUUUAUACACACCACCACUGUUACGUGAUCCUCAAUGUUUAUCAUACUGUUCUGUGUGCAUUGUAUGCUGUAGAAGUGGGCCUUGUACAUAAGAGUUUCGUAACUGCACACUGUCUGCUGGCUACUGGUACACACACUGGUGGGAGCUCGUACUCUUGUGUGUGAUAGAUACACCCUGAAAUAUCUUUUAGGAAAUAUUGCUUAGCAUAUGUGCAAGGUUGUUGGGUCAGUAUUCAUAUUAAGAAGUUAUAGUAAGUUUUUAUAAAUAUUGUAGGGAAUAAGUGAGAAUAAUGUAAUGUUUGAAAAUGUUUGAACUGAAUGGUUAUUUUUACAGAAGUAUGAAAGUAUGACUGACUGCACAUUCCUGUGGCCUUUACUGCCCUCUGCGUAGGGAAGGGAGCAGCCUCGAGGGGAGAGAGGCUGCUCGUCUUCCAAAAUGCAUUCUCGUACGGGCUGUCGCUGGUGGUGUGGAUAUAGCUGAGUUGUUAAUAUGUUUAAAUGUUUUAUCAAUAUUAACAAAUAAGUUAUAGGAUCUUUUUAUUUAUAUAACUUACAAAAUAUGAAAUUCCAGAUAGCCAGGAUGGCAGUGUGCUCAUUCCAAAGAAUAAUUAUUUCUGUGUUAUAGUUGCUGUGUGUUAGCCCAGAUGGAAUAUAGGGUACCUUAUAUAGCAUAUAUCUAGAAUUCAUGUUUUCCUAAAGCUCAAUGUUUCAGCCAAACGUUUCCAGUUCAGCCUGGCAAGGAUACAGCUGAAAAAUGUGUAUAGUACUAUAAAGUCUUGUUGAGAAGGGGGCAACCAUUGUGCUGAAUGUUUAGAUAGAUGUACAGUGUAAUUAACUACAGCACAAACAUCAACAUUCCUAGGGGUUAUUUUUUGUGUACUUGAAAUGAAAUAACUUUGAUAAUAUGUACAGGUGUUUCUGCAUUGAAUUAUAAGAUUAUACAGUUUACAUCACUUACUGCUUCAUCUUGGUUCCUGUGAUCCUUGGCUAAGGAGUAGUGUUGAGAGGUACAUCUGGAAAAUACAGUAGAACUAGGUAAAAAUUAUACUUUAUAAUACAUUAUAAAUUUAUGAAAAGUCAACUGAUGAUUUACUGCAUGAAGAAGAUAAAGCUGGUGAAAUGGU